UGGCGGUUUACUUGAACCGCACAUGAUGAAGCGGCCAAUCAGUGCACGAGUUGCCCUCUUACUACUAGCCAAUCAAAACGCGACUGUCGCUUCUUGAAAACAUGUCGCCCAUGAAGCUGUGUGUUCCAGGUGAAAGGCUCUGCAGCACAGAGGAUUGUAUCCCCGGUACCGGCACGUAUCUGCGGCACGGCUACAUCUUCGCUUCGCUCGCGGGAUACGUGCUGAGAAAGAACGAGGGAGAGGAGCUCCCGGUGAUUUCAGUCGUUAGGGAGACAGAAGCACAACUUUUGCCUGACGUCGGUGCCAUCGUCACCUGUAAGGUGACGAGUAUCAACCCACGAUUUGCUAAAGUCCACAUCUUAUAUGUGGGGUCAACGCCACUAAAAGACCGGUUCAGAGGCACUAUCAGAAAAGAAGACGUGAGAGCGACAGAGAAAGAUAAGGUGGAGACGUACAAAAGCUUCAGGCCAGGCGACAUUGUCCUUGCAAAAGUGAUCUCUUUGGGCGACGUGCAGUCCAACUACCUGCUGACCACGGCGGAGAACGAGCUGGGCGUGGUCGUGGCCCACAGCGAGGCGGGGGCUCAGAUGGUGCCCAUCAGUUGGUGUGAGAUGCAGUGUCCUCGGACGCACGCCAAAGAGUUUCGCAAGGUCGCGCGGGUACAGCCGGAGUACCUGCAGGCCUGAGCCACGCCCACCGCGUCCUUUGACCACACCCACUGGAACACACAGCUUCAAAGACACGCCCUCCUCAUGCAGAACUCUCAGUAUAUGUUUGGAAUUCUAGGUGUUUAAAUCUCCUGUCACAUUCCACACUGCCCGUGAAUGCGAAGUACCUGGUAAACCGUCGACAGCCGUGGCUCGUACAGUCAUGAAUAGCACAUAAUCUGAUUGUAGUCGCAUUACUAGGCAGUAUUCUUGCAUUCAUGAUGCUCUGGGUGCUCUGACACACCUAUGAUUGUAAUUUCACACAUUGAGAUGUCUUUUGGAAGCUCUGAGAGGGAAUGUCAUAUAUAGAUGAUCGUCCAUUUUAAAUGACUCUGAAUAAUGUUGAGAGCUUCUGAACACACUGAGUUGGAACAAAUUUUGCGGGCGAAUCUUAAUUAAAACAGAAUGUUACUGGGUCACAUUUCAUUGCAAAAUCAAAAGAAAAUAAGAAAUUAUAUUUUGUUUAAACCAACAGAGGCCUGUUUUUAGGGUAGUUGAUAUUUUUUGUUGUAUUUUCUUUACAAUAAAGCACGUUUAGCUUCAAUUUCUCAUUACUGUAAUGCAUCUGAAAUUUUUACUUUAUUUUUGAAAUUCUUUUUAUUCUCAAAAAUAAUUCUCAUUGCUGCAAUGAAAGUACUUUUUGCAUCAGCAUUGAUUAAAGAUGCAAAUAUUACAUGAUGUAAACAUACUUAUAUAUAUAUAUAUAUAUGUGUAUAUAUAUAUAUAUAUAUAUUAUAGUAAGAGAGAGGCAUGAGAAUGAAUUUUAUGGUAAUGAGAAUUGGGUUGCAAAAUGUGCAUCAAGAAAAUGUCAUAAUGCAAAUACUUUAAUGCAUAUAAAACAGGCAAAAUAUAUAUAUUUUCCUUUUUAAUUGUAGGUGAAAUAUGACUUUUAUGUUCCUGAGAAGUUUUUGUGAGAUUCACUCCUAUAGCUUCAUAUCUAUAUUAAAGGAUUAGUUGACUUUAAAAUGAAAAUUAGCCCAAGCUUUACUCACCCUCAAGCCAUCCUAGGUGUAUAUGACUUUCUUCUUUCUGAUGAACACAAUCUGAGAUAUAUUAAUAAAUAUCCUGACGCAUCCAAGCUUUAUAAUGGCAGUGAACUGCAAGAGUUUUGCAUUUUUUCCGUAAAAUGAAGGCGGUCUGGCGGAAGCUAGAUAUUUUACUUUGUAACUUGUUAAAUAUGUAUAUUUUCCUUACACAAACGCAUCGCUUCGCUUCAGAAGGCCUUUAUUAUCCCGCCGGAGCCAUGUGGAGUACGCUUAUGAUGGUUGGAGGCACUUUCUUCAGCUUCAUACUUGUUGAUCCCGUUCACUGCCAUUAUAAAGUAGGGGUUGAACGACUUCAGACUUUUUAAAGUUGACAUUUAUUCAAAUCGAGUCAACACCGACUAGUCGAUGAUGAUGUCAUUAAUGAACAAAUGGGCUGUUCACACAGAACGCGCUUUUCCAUUGUUUUUCUGUGUAAACAAGCACUAGACAGACGUAUGACCGUUGUGCUCCUGUCUUGCGUCUUUUGCAGCGUCUCGUGCAUGACACGGCAUUCUUAAAACGCGGCGCUCAAGUUCAAAUCAGUCUCGAGACCUUGCGUUUUUCUUUUCUUUUGAAAGCAAACAUGCGUUCUGUGUGAACGAGCCUUAAAGGCGGGCGCGCACUGUGCGAUUUUAGCCACGAUUUGGUCGUCUGAGACAAAUUUUGAGAAUCCUAAAAGAUUCCUGUAAUCCUAGGCAAAAAUCUGUAGUCUUUGAUCGCUAGUUUGACAUGUUCACCGACAGCUGAUUAAUGACAAAUUUUUACCUUUUAGAUUUGGUGCACAGUCCUGCAGUGUGACUUCUACGACAAACGUCAAAUUGUCUUUGUUUUUCAAGAUAAGCUGUGAUCAAAAUUAACACUAGAGAUUUCUAUGUUAGCUAACAUUUCAGUCCCGCGUGUAAUGCAGCUCACUGUCACCGAACGUGUGUGAGUUGAUGUUUUUAACGCGUCUUGACUGUCGUACAGUCUGACAUAUAGGACAGCUGAGAUCCCACAGUGUGACAUGAGGAUAAUGUUCAUACAGUCUGACAAGCAACAAUCGCAAAGGACUAUUAUAAAUCGCACAGUGUGCACCCAGCUUUAGUCUGAACCUCGAGCUGAGACUCAAACUCGGGUUGCCUUGUGCACAGCUAUGGCAUAUGAUAUGACGCUGCCCACAAAUAUUGCUCCUACAUAACAGCUUAUUUUUAUUCUUUUGUCUUUGGGUCGUUAUAUUUCUCACAGAUUUCUGCUCGUUCUAGAUCAGAUACAGAUAAAGUAGCACAGUAAAGAUUACAUUUAUAUGAAUGCAUUAGUGAAGUGGCUCCCAACCACAUUCCUGGAGGCCCGCCAACACUGCACUUUUUGCAUGUGUCCUUAAACACACCCGAUUCAGAUCAUCAGCUCAUUAGUAGCAAGUCAAAAAUCUAAAAUGGGUGUGUCAGACAAAGGAGACAUGCAAAAUAUGUAGUGUUGAUGGGCCUCCAGGAAUGUGGCUGGGAACCACUGCAUUAGUAAGAGAGCGAUUGUGUAUGAAUUAAUUCUACCUGGCAGCUUCUCUUUACUAAUAGUGAAGCAGUGGGUUUUAGUUACUAAGAAAUAUAUGCUAUUUUCAGUUUCUAAGCUAUUUUACUGAUAAAUCACCGAACAGCGCAGUUUAGAACGGCGAUUAACUUGCGUGUACAAUAGGCUGUUUAAAAUGUGCGUUCAUCCGAUCAAUAUUGAGCAUACAGAUGGUAUAAUCAAACAUAUCUUGUGGAGUGCUCUUGGAGUAAGCAUUUAUUUGUCAUUUACUGUUGGAUACGGAGCGUAAAUAUGGACUUCAAAGAUUUCUUAUCCUGCUGCGCCCUCUUUAAUGCUCCGAGUCGACGUCAUGCUUAAAGCGUCAUGGCAGAGCAUUAAAGUCAGUUAGUUGACUAGUCGAUUAGUCGGUGCAACCCCUAUUCUAAAGCUUGGAUGCGUCAGGAUAUUUAUUAAUAUAACUCAGAUUGUGUUCAUCAGAAAGAAGAAAAGUCAAAUAUACAUCUAGGAUGGCUUGAGGUUGAGUAAAGCUUGGGGUAAUUUUCAUUUUAAAAUGAACUAAUCGUUUAAACAAAAUUGCUUAGGAUUAAAGAUUAGUGUUGAGUUUGUCAUCGGCCAAAUCGGUCUCAUGCUGACAACACAAACUAUGAAAGUAUGUUCUGUUUGAUCCAGGCCAUUUGAUUAAAAGUUGGAUAAAUGACACUCCAAAACCAACAGCUCUUUUCCAAAGUAGAGAACUGGAACUACUGUUGUCACAAUCACAUUUUUACACUCUUUCACAACAGGAUUUGAAGUUUAUAGAGCAAUAACAUUCUGCGGCACUGUUUUUUAACUCUUAAAAGCACAUGAGCCACACAAAUAGUCACCCAGAGAUGAAUUUACUUUUACCUCUUGCUGCUUUUAUUCAGAAUAUCUGGAAAUGUCUUGUCUGAUACCUUUUCCUUAUUCUGUCCUUUUGUCUGUAACUGUUUUGAGAGGUCAUGUGUUUACAAGAGAAAAAAAAUAAAGUGUUUAACACAA